GUUUCCUCUGAGACGUAGUUUUUUGUACACGUGUUGUUUAUCUUCCAGUGUUUCGAGUUGUGUUUGAUUUCCUCACUUGUGUUAGAUUCGAUGAAAUUAAACUGGAGCAGCAUCCACUGUGAUCUGACCGAAUACACGAGGGAAACUAAACUAAAACAAACCACGUGUGCGGUGACAUCUGCGGAGCCGGUGUUGGAGACACCCUACCAGCGGGGUGGGGUCAGCGCCGAGUCAGUCUCCUCUCGCGCGGGGAGGCCUGGGUGAAUAAAACGAGCCUCCUGACGCCAUCAUCCUUUGUUUUCAUCGCCGGGCGGAGCUGCCUCCUCCUCCUCCACCUCCUCCACCUCCUCCUCUGUCUCCUGGAACACAGACUGUUUAUAAUCCAGAAACACAGGAGUCCUCCUCAGUGUCUCGCCUGGAGGAGAAGGAACAUGUCGGCUAACGGAGCUGGACGAGCAGGAGGAGACUCCACGGACGCGGAGAGAAGCGACGAGCAGCGGUCAGACGGGUCUUCGUCCGCUCCUGUGGAAGUGGACGCCAAGGCCCAGGCCCAGUCCCACAGCUUCAGAUACAGCCUGAAGUUCCCCAGCAUCGGCCAGUGCAUCAUCAUCAACAACAAGAACUUCGACAGGGGAACAGGCAUGAAUCAGCGGAAUGGUACAGACGUAGAUGCGGCCAACGCGAUGAAAGUCUUUGACAAGUUGGGUUAUAAAGUGAAGCUUUACAACGACCAGACAGUCGAGCAGCUGAAGCAGGUUUUAUUAGCUGUGUCAAAGGAAGAUCACAGCUGCUCGGCCUCGUUCGUCUGUGUCCUGUUGAGUCACGGAGACGAGGGCGUGUUCUUCGGUACCGACGGCUCAGUGGAGCUCAGGUACCUCACGUCCCUUUUCCGAGGCGAUCGCUGCAAAUCGCUGGUGGGAAAACCCAAACUCUUCUUCAUACAGGCUUGCAGAGGCACUGAUCUGGAUGGAGGUAUCGAAACAGACAGUGUAGACGAUGGUAUUACCAAGAUCCCUGUGGAAGCUGACUUCCUCUACGCCUUCUCCACAGCCCCAGGCUACUACUCAUGGAGGAAUACCAUGACCGGCUCCUGGUUCAUGCAGUCACUGUGCGAAAUGAUCAGCAAGUACGGAAAAGUGUUGGAGCUCCAGCACAUCAUGACACGGGUGAACCACAAGGUGGCGGUAGAGUUUGUGUCUGUCUCCAAUUCACCAGGUUUUAAUGCAAAGAAACAGAUCCCGUGCAUCGUGUCAAUGCUGACGAAGGAGAUGUAUUUCACCCCCUGAUGUCGUCUCCACGUCUCAAAUCUUCGUCAGGCUUCAGGGUUGUGUUUGUGAAUUAUUCUAGUUGACGCAUUCUGACUGAAAAUCUUUUGAAACCUCAGUUUACAUAAAUCUGUCAGAGCAGAUGUGAUGCUAAGUUGCUUUUAAGUCACAAGUUUGGGAUUACAAAGUUUUAUUGCACUGUCCUGACAUAUACACAUCAGCACGUUGUUUUACACAUUUAAGUUUGAAAUAUCAUUCUUGAAACAAUGCAUGAAACAAUCGUGUAAUAAUAACAUAUGAAUUCUGUUAAAAACGUGAAGGUUUGCAGGUUAAAAGCGGUUGACCUUGAAUUCCAAGCUCACAGUCUUUUACCAGUAGAUGCCUCCUUAGUUUACACUAUACAACAUUUCAGGGAAAUAAUAUCUGGUGCCAGUUUAAUAUGAAGUUGGACCUUUUAUAUCUGUUUUAUCAUGAACACACAUCAGGUCAGUCAUUUGGGAUCAUGGGUCAUUUCUGUGCCUGUUUUUCUUUUUUCUCCAUUCAAUUUUUCUUUUUUAAACCAUUGAGUCUUGAUAGACUCAUCUGCUGUCAGUUUCAAACAUGAACUCUGGAAAAGGACAACAGGAACUAUUAAGCAACGUUCAGCCGAGGGGUGUGUCUGGGUAGGUGCGGGAAACAGGACAUAAUGUCCACUGUGGUUAAAAAAAAAAAAAAGGGUUUUCAUUUACACCACGUUGAAUCUGGCCUUGGCCCUUAAAGCCAAAAGCUCUCGUAUCUCAUUGUCUUUCUAAGUUUACAUCUUUGCGGCGUCUUCUACGUGUAUGACUCCUCUUUUUCAUACUGAGAUAUUUUUAUUCUUCCAGUGUUACACCCACUUACUGGCUGUGAGUUUUCCAGAACUUGUCCUGCUGUAUUCUAUCAUGGGCUCAUUUAGACCUUUUCUGGACAUUUUGUCACGGGGGCUUGCAGGAAAAUAUUUGGAGCAACUGACCCGGACAUUUGCAUUCUCUCCUAAAGAAAACUUCUGGGAUUCCGUUCAUGUCUGUCUGUGUGGAGCCUGAACGAAUGCAUCAGUUCCACUCAAUAGGAAGAUGAAAUGAUAAAGUUGUGUGGCACAUUCAGGAGCACCCAGUAAGCUAUCACGUGUGUGUUUGUUUUUAGUGUUAAGGCUGAUGUUAUUCAUUAUCUAUUUUCUGAAACGUGGAUUUCUUUGAAGGAACGAUUGCCUGUGAAUUUCCUUUAACUUGUGGGGACACAAGCUUCUUCAUAGCAAACAUGAGUAAAGCCAGUCAACCUCCCCGAUGCUGUUAUAUAUGAUGAGUCAUUCAAAUUAGAAUUUAAUUCUUAUUUGGCUGUGUUUAGGUAUUUAUGUUUAAAUAUGUGAUGAUACUCCUUAAAAAUAUUUUCUAAUGGACUGCUGUAAAACUGAGUCAAACUUUUAUAGGAUUGAGUGAUUUUAUAACAAAGCUCAUCGAGUUCCAGGUCAUUUUUGAACUUAACUUAACAAUCAGAAAUAUUCCAGUGCUAUCAGUCAAUCCAGUCCUUUGAAUAGUUUGCUAUGAAUCUCACUCUUUGGCUUCUUUUUAUGUAAUAUCACUGUUUUGUAAGCAGCUGCAGUGUGGUUGGUGUAAUGUUUUUCCUGAAGAAUAAAGACCACUUUUCAUCAA